AAUCCUCUUCUCCUUCCCACCAGAUACAUGGUCUUGCAGUUAUUAAUCUGAAAUUCACCGCUUUUGUUGCUCCGCAACUUUUCUUCUCCACUAACGCCAAGAGGUUGGCCUCUCAGGCCGUCGGGUCCAGAAAUAAACCAUCCCUCGCGAUCGGUAAAUCUUCCGAACAAUAGCAUACUAGAUAGUAAUAUGCAGCUUCCAGACUGAAACAACCCUGCUGAAAUGAACCAGGACUCACUUACCGGGCUCUACAUUUUUUAAUAAGUGGUCUAAGGGCCUCCGUUUUUCGCUCCGAUGUUAGGUAGCGACGCGCUCUCUAGUCGCUAAGUUUGUUUACUGCGAUAAGAGAGGCACCUUAGAAACUUGGGUCUUAGCGCGGGCAACUAAAGUCUGGGCUAUAGAGUCGCGCUUCCCACGUCGCAUAUGUAUAAUUGGCGAUUAUUUCCUCGAGUCCCCCUUUGUGCGAUUUCUUAACGAUGAUUUCAAUUUCUCUCAUUCCUUGAUUUAACCAUUCGACACACCCCCGCCAUCCAUUCCUCUUGCGACGCGAAUUUCAUGACGUUCUGGGCUUCUGCUUUACGGUGAACGAGUGGGGCGCCCGGCAUUCGCAUUGUCGAAUUUACAGAUCGAGCGAUUGUCGCAUUUCGGUUAAAGUUAGAAUUGCAUGCCGAGUCACUCGCGCAGUCGGGACCGCUAUCGCGGCGAGCGGGAUCCGAGCAGACGUUAUCGCGAGGUUUAUGAUGAUGAUGAUGAUGAUGACGAUGACGAUUUCGAUUACCAUCCCCGUGAACGAAGGCGAUAUAGGCGUGACGGUUACCAGCAUGAUAUACGAAGCCAUGAAUCUCGAGACUAUGAUAAUGAUUUGAACGAAUAUGAUGUUGCUACGGAGGACCCUGCGGUACCUCUUAGAUCGCAUGAUGUGGAGGGGAGACGGAGAGAGAGGUCUAGGGCGGGAGAAUCGCCAAUUGCAUCGCCAAACAGGAGAGGUAGGAAUCGUGGUGGGGAGGAAUACAGAAGGCACGGAACCUAUGGUGACGGUGGUACUCCUACCCGGGGCGUUAGGGACCGGAGGCAUCGCAGUCGGGAAGGCCAAGGGGAACGACCCCGCGACAUAGAUAGAGAGGCGCGAAGGCAGAGGCGAAGGGAAAGGGCACGCGGCGCUGCAGCAAUGAAGCAUAAGAGCAGUGAUUCUACGAACAGUGGAUCCCAUCUGUUGAGUGCUGAUGCGUUGGCCAAACUCCGCUCCCACUAUGAUGAGGAAGACCAAUGGGAAAGAUCACAGGCAGAAGAACAACGUCGGAUGGAGAGCAGGCGUCAGCGCAAACGUCCUAUUGUUGGCGAUGAACCGCAGACUCUUGCUCCAUUCCCUGGGGAAACUCCCCGAGGACAGUCGAAAGGCAGAAUCGUGUCUGGUGCUUAUCUGGAAGAGGGUCAUCCAGAGAUGGAGGUUCGGCAUCGCGGAGGUGGUGGUCCAACAAUGGAGGCCAGAUGGCGGAAGGAGGGUAUUUGGGAUGGAAGUAUGGAGAACUCCAAUGCACAACCGCCAUUCUGGAAGCGGAAGAAAUGGUGGAUUGUCAUAGGUGUGCUGAUCGUCGUGCUCGCUAUUGUUAUUCCGGUUGCUGUCGUUAUGUCUAAGAAACAUGGCCAUGAUGAUGAUGAUGAUAAAUCAGGCUCAAGCUCUUCCGUCGAUAACAGCGACUCGCCUUAUAUCUCAAGCUUGGAUGGGCUAAGCCAUGACAGCAUUCCAGAAUAUGCUCAGGGAUCAAUACUGGAUCCCUGGACGUGGUACGACACUAGAGACUUUAACCUGACUUUUACCAACGAGACGGUCGGUGGCCUUCCUAUCAUGGGGCUAAACUCAACAUGGGACGACUCAACAAGACCCAACGACAAUGUGCCCCCGUUAAAUGAAUCCUUCCCGUACGGAUCGCAGCCAAUUCGCGGUGUGAAUCUUGGAGGAUGGCUGUCAAUCGAGCCCUUUAUUGUCCCUUCACUAUUCGAGAGUUACUCAAGCAAGGACAGAAUUAUCGAUGAGUAUACACUAUGCAAAAAGCUCGGAUCGUCCGCUGCCUCGACAAUCGAAAAGCAUUAUGCCGACUUUAUUUCAGAACAAGAUUUUAUAGACAUGAGGGAUGCAGGACUGGAUCAUGUUCGCAUCCAAUUCUCCUACUGGGCGGUCACGACGUAUGACGAUGAUCCGUAUGUCGCAAAAAUAUCAUGGAGGUACCUCUUGCGAGCCAUUGAAUACUGCCGAAAGUAUGGGCUCCGCGUUAACUUGGACCCGCAUGGCAUCGCGGGUAGCCAAAAUGGCUGGAACCAUAGCGGCCGCGAGGGAGUCAUCGGCUGGUUGAAUGGUACGGACGGCCAACUGAACAGACAGCGCUCUCUCGAUUUCCACAACCAAAUCUCGCAGUUUUUCGCGCAACCCCGCUACAAGAAUGUUGUUACAAUUUACGGGCUCGUCAAUGAGCCACUCAUGCUCUCGUUGCCGGUUGAGGACGUAUUAAAUUGGACGACAGAUGCCACCAAGCUGGUGCAGAAGAACGGUAUUUCAGCCUAUGUCACCGUCCACGACGGCUUCUUGAACUUGAGCAAAUGGAAGAAAAUGCUGAAGGACCGGCCGGACCGGAUGUUCCUGGACACUCAUCAGUACACCAUCUUCAACACGGGACAAAUUGUCCUUAAUCACACGGACCGCGUAAAGCUCAUCUGUAAUGACUGGUACAACAUGAUCAAAGAGAUCAACACCACAAGCGCAGGCUGGGGCCCAACCAUCUGCGGCGAAUGGUCCCAGGCUGAUACCGACUGUGCCCAAUACCUCAACAACGUCGGUCGCGGCACCCGCUGGGAGGGCACCUUUGCUAUAGGCGAUUCAACGGUCUACUGUCCCACCGCUGACACAGGACCAACCUGCAGCUGUGCCUCCGCCAAUGCCCCUCCUGCGGAUUACUCAGACGGCUACAAGAAGUUCCUUCAAACAUAUGCCGAGGCGCAGAUGUCUGCUUUUGGAACAGCCCAGGGCUGGUUUUAUUGGACCUGGCAUACGGAGUCCGCUGCCCAGUGGAGCUACAAAACGGCUUGGAAGAAUGGCUAUAUGCCGAAGAAAGCUUACGCUCCAGAUUUCAAGUGUGGUGAUGAUAUUCCGAGUUUCGGGGAUUUACCGGAAUUUUAUUAGUUAGGUUUCUUUGUUUCAUUGUAUGUUUCUAGAUUUCCCCUUUUCUUUUUCUAUUUUUGGAUUCGGUUCAAGUAGCAUAUAUUUGCGUGGUGGGCUACGGUUGUAUUUUAGUUUGCUCAUCGGACAUCCGCAGGAUCGCUCUUGGUCGUCUUGAUGUAUAUACAGGCUUAUAUCCUAUUCUUACUGCACAAAAUGUUAAAGAGGUGGCUUAGAGGGUCUCCAAGUUAUAUAAAUAGUUCUUGUGUGCUCAUGAACAGGAUAUGGUGUGUUCAGACAGA